AUGUGGGCACCCCAUGUUUCUGCCCCGGAACGACCAACACUAACUGCCAAUAGGUUCGAAAAAUCUCUUUAUGACCUUAUCAAAGGCCUCCGGCUUCAUAAGGGAGGCGAAAAUGAGUACAUCCAAAGUUGCUUGCGUGAAUGCAAGGCCGAAAUCAAAACGCAAGACAUGGACAAAAAGGCCACAGCUCUCCUAAAGCUCAUUUAUCUUGAAAUGUUUGGAUACGAUAUGUCCUGGGCAUCUUUUCACGUUCUCGAAGUCAUGUCCUCGGCCAAAUACCUUCAGAAACGAGUCGGGUAUCUUGGAGCGGUCCAGAGCUUUCGACCAGAUACCGAAGUCCUGAUGCUAGCGACCAACCUACUGAAAAAGGACAUUGUAACCUCCAGCAUUCCGAAUAUGUCCCUUCCGUUAAUUACCUUGCCGCACAUCAUUACACCUGCUCUGGCAAUGUCCUUGCUACCUGAUAUACUGUCCCGGCUUUCACAUUCGAGCCCUGUGGUGCGCAAAAAAACGAUAGUCUGCCUUUAUAGGCUCGCUUUGGUGUACCCCGAAGCUCUCAAGUUAGCAUGGCCCAAGAUCAAAGACCAUCUCAUGGACGACCAAGAAGAUGUCAGUGUUACUACUGCGGCUAUCAACGUCGUUUGUGAGCUUGGUUGGCGACGACCUCAUGACUUUCUUCCUCUGGCACCCCGGUUCUUCGAGCUCCUUGUUGAUAGCGGCAACAAUUGGAUGGCCAUCAAAAUCAUCAAACUUUUUGCAACAUUAACCCCUAUAGAGCCAAGGCUGACACGCAAACUCCUGCGUCCAUUGACGAAUAUCAUCCAAACCACCUCUGCAAUGUCCUUGCUUUAUGAAUGUAUUAAUGGGAUCAUUCAAGGAGGAAUUCUGGAUGGGGAAGAUAAUCUUCAGGAAAGGGACGAAGUUGCCACUCUUUGCGUUGGAAAAUUGCGGGGAAUGAUAGUCUUGGAUAGUGAUCCGAACCUCAAGUAUGUUGCGCUUCUUGCGUUGAACCGCAUUGUCGCUACACACCCGUCAUUGGUUUCCAUGCAGCAAGACGUUAUUAUGGAUUGCCUGGAUGAUGCGGAUGUUUCGAUUCGAUUGCAGGCUUUAGAGCUUGCCGUUGGAAUGGUCAGCAGCGAUUCCCUACAGCCUGUGGUGAAUCGUUUGAUAGAUCAAUUGCGGCAAGCCUCGGUGCCUGCAGCAGAAUUGAUCGAUACAUCUAAAGCCUCUGAGAAUCCCGAGGCCCUGAGUAUAUGGCCCGAUGACUACAAGACCGAAGUUGUCCACAAGAUCUUGGAUCUCUGUUCCCAAAAGAACUAUUCUGAGAUCUUGGACUUUGACUGGUAUGUUGCCGUGUUAGUGCAGCUAGUCGGACUUCUGCCGCCAUCCGAGUACAAAGAAGAUAGCGGCCAUUACAAGGAACAAGAGGCUAUGCCCCACUUGAGGAUGAACGCUGCGCUCCGAAUAGGUACAGAGAUUCGGAAUGUUGCUGUAAGGGUAAAAGGGGUCCGCUUGGAGGCCACAAGAGCCGCCGAAUCACUCGUGCUUAUCGACAACCGAUCUCAUCUCUUUCCUCCCGGUUCAACAGUCGGCGAUGGGGUUCUGGGCCCAGUUGCCUGGGUUGUUGGUGAAUAUGCAGAAUAUUUGCUAUCGCCUGACCGGACACUACUCUCACUGAUCGACAUGUCGAAUGCAUCGUUCCCCUCGAGAACGCUAUCCCUCUUUUUGCAAGCCAUACCGAAGGUUUUUGUUCGGGUUAGCCAGACCAACGAUCCAGGGGAUUCCUGGAAGAGCGAGAUGUCACUUUUGCUUGCUCGUGUCGUUGAGUUCCUCGAAGCUCUGGCGGCACAUCCUGAUUUAGAUGUUCAGGAGCGCGCCAUUGAGUUUCUAGAAGCUCUCCGUCUAGCAGCCGAGGCAUUGGACUCCAAAACGCCAGAGAUCCCGUUUCUUCUUGCGUCUGUCAUACCAAACUUAUUUGCGGGCCUCGAGCUAAACCCAGUUGCAAGCAAUGCCCAGAGGAAGGUUGUAUUGCCAGAUAGCCUUCGCUUAGACGAGGCAUUCAGGCGUGAUCUCCCAGCUCUUUUCUACGACCUGGAUAGCUCCUCAUCACACGAAUCAGAGUCUUGGCAGGUUUCAGACUUCUAUCAUGUCCCUGGGCUCUCCUCUUCAAACAAACAGGCUCGUGAAAUGCUACCGGCUGAUGUACAGCCCUACAUGUCGUACCAGAACGCUACCGGUGCUCUGGUGGACUCUUCCACUGGAAUUCAAAGAAGAAUGCUCGAGCGCAAGGAACGCUUCAAAGACGAUCCUUUCUAUAUCGCUUCUUCCGGGGCGUCAUCUUGCACGUCUACGCCUAUACAUGAUGCUCUCCGCACAGCCAAUGGCGAGGACUUGGAUAUCGACUCUAUUCCCAUCGUUGAUCUGAAGCUGGGAGACGAAAAUCCUAGGAAUGUCGACAGUGAUCGUCAGAGAACUCAUCGACUACCUCGCAGCAAAUUGGUAGUUGCUGGCGAUGAGACCUUUGAGACCCUAGACUAUUUGCCUGAUACCUCUAUGCCCAAGGGUGCUGAUGAUGACCGCCCAAUCACUAAGCGCUCUUUGCUUCAAGUCGACUCGAGCAGCCUAGGAACCUCGCCCCUGGCAAAAGCCCCAUACCCCCAUGUUAUCCCAGAUGAAGGGGAGAUGGAGAUGGCUCAAGCGAUGCAACAAAUUGAAGAGGCACGGUUGCAAAUGCAACGAGCAUCGGAGCGAAUUCAACUAGAAGGCAUUCCGGCAGAAGGAACCCUAGUCAAAAGGAAGAAGAAAAAGUCUAAAAAGCAUAUUGAUGCGGCCGCCCAAGGAGUCAGCCCAGUGGAUAAUGACGACACAGAGCCUACCGAGGGGAAGAAGAAGAGAAAGAAGAAGACCAAGGAACCAGUAUAG